UAAUAGUAUAACCUUCUGGUGUGAUUCACAAAGUUUUUAGUCGAUAAACUGAGUACAGUGACUCCGGUUGCAUGCAUUGCCAAGUGGUAGUAGUGGUGUGGCCCUCUUGUGACGCGUGCGAUUUUUUUUUUACAACAGGAUGAUGUGGUAACUAGCCACCUGAUACGGUUGCUAGGGGCCAGCAUUGACAACACGGUGGUUUUGUAGCGUGUUAUGACCCUUACAAGUUGUCAAAAAUAGAACAAAGUAGCAAUUUAUUACUUAUUGUAAAUAAUUAGUUGGCACAUUGGGCUGGCUUGAUAUUCAGUUCUAAAACUUGGAAUUUAGUCUUACAUAAAAAAUGUCGAACAUACUUUUAUCCGAGGUAGGCUGGGACGAGGGCUUUGCCAUCCCAGUUGCCAAUGCAGAAAAUAAAGGUUUGGAAGAUGAGCUUCAAAUGAAACAAAAUCAGAAGUUACAACUGGAGAACAAACUUGGUGGAUACAAGGAUAGAAUACAAGCCAUGGCUGAACACCUGAAAAAUGUUAGGCAGGAGUUAUCUCAAACUCAGGCUCUGUGCAAAGCCAGGGAGAAAGAGACUGAGUCGGAGAUGCAUUUCAAGGCCCUGGCGGAGAGAGAGGUGGGCCGCCUGCAUCAGGAGAUUGCACAGCUGGACAACGAGCUUGGAGCUCUGAGGGAGAAGAAGAAUGCACAAGAGAACAACAUCUUCAAAGCCACCCAGAAGCUGGAAGAGCUGAAAAGCCAGCUGAAUUGGGACCAGCAGACCCUGGAUGCCUGGCUUGAGGAGUCGGCACACAAGGACGAGGACACCAUGGCCAUCAUCAAGUACGCCCAGCAGGACGAGAGCAGGAUACGGGAGCUCACCUUGUUGAUAGAGAAGAUGACGCUUGAGGCCAACCAAAAGCACAAGGCACUGGACAAUGAACUGACUGAGACCAUAUCAGCACAGAUUGGUCUGGAUAAGACAGCAGAAAACUUCCGCCAGGCUCACCUAGAGAGACAGGAGCUGAUACACCAGUGGGAGAACACCAUCGAGCAGAUGAAGAAAAGAGACAGUGAGAUGCAGCAGUGUUCAAUGCUCCUCACCCAAGUAAACCAGGACAUCAGAGAGAGGAAUGGAGUGAUCAAGGAGAAGAAGACCUUCCUGGAGAGCGAGAUGGAGAACAACAAGGAGUACGAGAAGAAGAUAGCCAUGGCCGAUCGGCAGGGGGCCAAGCUGAGACGGGAGUUCCAGGAGCAGGAGAGUAACCGCACCAGACUACGGGAUGAGUUGGAGAGUCUGAAAGGGACAGUGGACAGAGCAGCUACUGAUGUCGAGUCCAUGAGGUCCCAGCUAGCCAACAUGAAAAAGGACAUCCAGGACAAAAACAACAAGAUAAAGGGGGCCAAGCUUCAUAACACAGCCCUGGAGGAGAAGCUGAAGACAGUGACUGAGACGACCCUCAGCGUGGAGGAGAGGGCCGCUCAGAUGGAGCAAGUACUGAAGGAAGAGGAGCAAACUAUCAAAGACAUGGACGCCCAGCUGCACCGCCACCGUGAGGUGCUGUUCCGUGAGAGCCAGGAGGUACAGGCCCUGAGGUUGAAGGAGAAGGACUCCAUGGCUGUGCUCUCUGGGAGCCGGGUGACCCUCUCCAACCUGGACAGCCGCCUCAGUAAACUGGACCAGAACUCCCUCAAGCAGCAGGAGAUCAUCUACAACCAGGACUUCCAGAUCCAGCUGCUGGAGAGGAAGAUGUUGCGUCUGCGUGGCGAGGUGAACACGGAGGAGAAGCAGGUCCUGGAGAAGAAGGCCCAAAAGCUGGCCCACAGGCUGGAGGAGAAGAAGAGGACGGCCAUCAUGCUCACCACCCAACUCAAGAAGCUCCAGGAUGAUAUUCGCUGUGUGAGGAAAGAGGCGGAAAAGACAGGAGCUGAGAAGAGAGACCUAACCACCAAGAUCGAGGAACUGCACCUGUUCAACCACAUCUCCGACAAGGAACUGAAGAAGCUCCGGCUCAAGAAGCAGGACACCAUGGUGGAGGACAACAUCCUGAAGCUGGAGAUCAAGCGUCUGCGUGACCUGCUGUACAACAAGGCGGACAGCGUGCUCUCGCUGGAGAAGCGGAAGCUGCAGCUGCAGACGGCCAUGAGGGAACGGGAGGAGGAGAUUAAAGCGCACCGGGAGAUGCUCAACAAGCAGGUCAAGAUCACUGACCAGGAGCGCCAAGGACUCAGUGCUGAGGUGCAUGAGAGACUGUCCAAGGUCGACAAGAUGAGGAAACGCUAUGAGAUUAUGACUGUCUCAAUGGCUGCUCCAGAGGGAGAAGAGGAAAAAUCACAGGCUUAUUAUGUGAUCAAGGCUGCCCAAGAGAAAGAGGAGCUCCAACGUAAGGGAGACGAUUUGGACGCCAAGAUCCGCAAGAUGGAGAAGGAGAUCCGAGCGCUGGAGAACACGCUCCACGUCGUCAACAGCCGCAACACAACCUAUCGCAAAUCCUUCAACAAAGUGACUGAGUCCAGUGAGGAGUAUCAGGAGAAACUGAAGCUGGAUGAGCAGAAGAGAGCCGCUGAGGAGAAGUACAAGUACAAGAGGAGGCAGAUCCGAGAACUGCAGGAGGACAUUCAGGGCAUGAACAAUACACUCGACAACCUGCUUCAAGAGGAGGCCGUUCAGAAUGUGAGGACUGAAGAGACCCAGUCACGUAUCAUGUCUCUGAACAGAGAACUGGUCUCCCAGCAGGAGAAACUCCACAGGGUCACUAAGCAGUGCUCCAAACUGACCAAAGAGAUCCGGUCGGCCAAGAAGGCCAAGGAGGAGACGUUUGAGGAGAGGGACAUUGAGCUGAGGGAGCUGAAGGACUUCAAUAAGAAUAUCAACAAGAUGCUGCUGGUUGCCAUGGAGGAACAACCUGACCUCAGAUCAGCUCUACAUAUGUACUUUGUCCAGGCCAACUUGCCCCUGCCGUCCCCUGCCUCCACCGCUGCCAGCCGACAGAGCUCAAAGACUAACUCUACUCGCAGCUCCGUCUCUCUCAGGUCAGCUGGGUCUUCAGCAAGCAGCAGCCCAAGGGCGUCGUCAGUGCAGUCUCCCCCUGUUAAGACUCUAGAGCUGGGUCUGGGGUUGUCCGUUACAUCCCCUCCUCUCACCUCUCCACGGGACUCCCAUCCACCCAGCUCCAGCAGCAGCGGCAGCAGCAAGCGCCAGAGCCCAUAGAGAAACCCCACAAUAGGACAGCCUCACUUACAGCACCAGAAGGCUAAUGUGACUGUAGUGCCAUUAGGAAAGAGAAUGUGUGUCACUGUUUAAUGUGUACUGAACAACCGUUUGGUGAGUUGAUUGAUUUGCAUGUUUUUUUUUGGUUUUUUAACAAACUGGGACAACUGGCACAUGACAGCCUGCUUGGAGUUUGUCAAAGAGAACCUAAAGGACUCUCACACCAUGAGAAACAAGAUUCUGUAGUUUGAUGAAACCAAGAUUGAACUCUUUGGCCUAAAUACCAAGCAUCAUGUCUAGAGGAAACCUGGCACCAUCCCUACGGUGAAGCAUUGUGGUGGCAGCAGGAGUAGCUUCAGGACAAUUCUCUGAAUGUCCUUGAGUGGCACAGCCAGAGCCUGGACUUGAACCCGAUCUAACAUCUCUGGAGAGACCUGAAAAUAGCUUGUUUGCAUGUUUUUUUGUUAUUUUUUUUUUUACUAACUGGGACAACUGGCAGUGAUAUGAGAAAUAUACUUAAAUAAUAUGUGAUUUACCUUUUCUUUGAAAUGCACAUAUUUUCCAUUUGUCAGCUAACCUUUAUAGAAUUGUAUUGUAAAUGUGCAUAAAAAAUAUGUACUUUGUCUAAAUUCAUUUUUACUCCUGGCAAUGUGUUUCUGGAUAUAUCCCAAUAAAAUAGAUGGUUGCUUGUCAGAAUGAUCAAUUAGUGGAUAAUACACUUGUUUUGUUUAAAUGCCCAAUGUGGUCAAAAACACGUUUUUUCUGUGUUUUAUAUAUAUUUCCACACUAUGAGGUUGGAUUAAUACUGUAAAAAUGAUGAUAAUGCCCUUUUAGAGUAAGAGCUGUUUGAAAAGACCACCUGAAAUGUAAGCCUGUUUUGGUGGGAUGGUCUUUUGGCCUGCCUGGGGACAAAAUUCUUGCUUGAGAAAUUGCUCUUUGUUAAGAAGCAAUUUUUGUUUCUUUUAGACAUUUUAAUUGAAAACAAUCACAGUAAGGUGCUUAAUUGUUACCCAGAAAUGAUGUGAUAUUGAGAUUAAAAAAACAGCUUCAUUGGACCUUUAAAAAAUACUGGUUGAGGUUUUGAUAAAAAAUCUUGUGAGACAGAAAUAUGGAACAACUUCCUCAUAACUAUUAAAAUAGUUCAAGAGGAGGCGGUCUGACCUUUUUCUGAAAUCACUUGUGCCUCAAAUGAAUUUUUGAACACCUGGGCAUUAUUUAAAAGGCCAAUCCCUCCCACGAUGAAUAGAGGAGACAACUUCCUCAUGCUGAACAAAGAUUGUCAGACGGACUCGCUGAACAGAAUCUUCCCACAUCACAGCUCAGUCGGUGCUCUCGGUCUUCUGAAACAACAUCAUGCUUUUCCUAUUAUUUUGUAUUGGAUGUGUUGCUUUGUCUGCAGGGCAAUCCUUUGCUUCAACACCUACAAUGGGACCAAGGACUACCACGACACAGGUGACAACACCUCCAACUCUUACUAUCCCUUAUGUGGACCCACCUUUUGGUACUAAACCACUGGAAAGUGGAUUUGCAAUUCUUCAGGUCGCUGUCCAAUCUUAUCAGGAGCUAAAUGAGACCACAGUUGAUCCAGUCUUGAGUCAGCUCUACAGCAUCUUUCGGGCACAGCAACCUGAUCUGAAUAUUCGACUGACCGUGAAACAUGUCCAGAAAGUUUGAUGGAUUAUGAUUCAAGGCAUAGCAGAUUGAAGUUCUAAUGGUACAUCAUGUUCUGCAGAUGUGAACUAUUGUACUUUAUUUUCAAUGAUUUUAUGCUGUUUAAUACCAGUCAUUUUAUUCAUGUUAAUAAUAUAUUUGAAUGUAUAAUUUAAUUGACUUAUAUUGACUUGCUGCACAUUCCAAUUACCAUCUGGUGGAGGAGUUGUAAUUUAAGAGUUAUGUCACAAAUUUUCCCACUUUAAUAGAAUCUUGUCAUCUGCUUCCAGUGUUUUCUGAUGGAUUUGAUGUUGGACUGAAUAGUCUUAACUACUGUAAUCUUUUCUUUGGCUAUAAACAUGUUACAAAUACUGCAA